AUGUCCGCCGUCGAGACGUUGUGCGGCGCGCUGGACGAUCUCCCGGCGUCCGUCUCGACCCACUACGGCUCUCUGCUCGACGAAGCACGCGAGGAGGUCGCACGGCUUCGGCGACUCGCCAACGAGCUGCAGGCGGAGCUCAGCGAGCUGGACUCCGCCGUGGACGCGUCGCGAGCACGGCAGUUGCGGACGCCAUCAAGCGUCGGGCCGAGCUCCGAAGCGGCGGCCGCCGCGGCGUCUCGCAUGGCCAGCUGGGAGCAAGAGCGGCGGAGGCUCGACGCCAGCCAGCAGGCGCUGGCCGAGGGCUGUGGCCCCGGAGCGAGUGCCGAGGCCGCGGCGGCGGCGGUGGCGACGGCUGCGUACGUGAGCGCGCGGCAGCGGGAGCAGGGCAGGGUCCCCGCCGCCGAGCCCCUCUCCCUCCAGCGGGCCGCGCCGGAGGCGGAGUCGGCUUGUGAGGCGGGGUCGCGUCUGGCAGCGGCGGAGGCCGCUGCGGCGGAGCUGCGCGAGUCGCUUGCGGCGGCGGAGGGCCGGCUGGCGGCGGCGGAGGAGGAGGCCCAUCGUCUUCGCGGUGCGCUCGAGGACGCCACGAGACAGCUCGCAGCGGAGGUGGAUGCGGCGGCGGCGGCGGAGGCGGCCGAGGCGCGGGCCGUGGCGGCCGAGGCGGAGCUCGAGGUCUCGAGGGCGGCGCUCGAGGCGUCCAGGGAUGCCCUGCAAGGCGCAGAGGCGUCGGCAGGGAGGGGGCAGGAGGCGGCCCGCGCCGACGAGGCGCGGGAUGCGCACGAGCGCUCCAUCUUGGCGCUCGAGAUGGCGUCGCUCGAGACCGCUCUCAGCGCCGCUCUCGAGGCGGCGGCGGCAGACGCCAGGGCGGCGCUUGCCUGCUCCUCCUCGCGGCCCGGUGCCCUCACGGCAGAGGCGGCAACGGCCGUGCCGGAGGCGGCAGCGGCUCCGGCGGCCACGGCGGCCGUCGUUGAGCACGUGCGGCCGCUCGCCGGCGGCGGCAAGCAGCUCCUCUCGCACGCCUCCGCCGCAGGGCCGUUCGCACCACUGGGCAGCGGCGAUUCGCUGUCCGGCGCGACCGCCGAGCUCGAGGCGGAGCGCGAGCGGCUGAUGGCGUGUCUGGAGCUCCACUCGGGCCUCUGCAGAGAGCAAGAGGAGCGCAUCGCACAGCUGGAGGCGCAGGCGGCGGCAGGCGGCGGUGAGGCCGGCGGCGGUGGCGAGGCCGCCGGCGGCGGCGACGUGGCCGUCAGCGUGGAGCCGCUCCCGACCGACACGGGCUGGCGAGCACCGCGGCCGUUCGCGGCGGCCGCUGCUAGCAAAGAGGCCGAGGCGGACGCAGAGGCGAGCGUGCAGCUCGCCGGCCGACAUCCCGCUGUGGCGGCCGCAGGGCGACUCAGCGAGGAGGGCUGGGACAGCCCGCUGCGCGGCUUGGUCGCCAGCCGAGAGGCGGCGGCGUCGAGCAGGGGCACGGCGUGGGACAGCCCGGUGCGCUCGCUCGCGCCGUGGCAGCCGCUCUCGGAUGCCCACCCUCGGACGGCUGCUGCGCUGCCGCGCGACGCGUUGAUGCCACCGCCAGCAGAGGACGUGCACUCCCCGGCCUCGUCAGCCGGUGACGAGCUCUCCUGCCUCCUCCACCCCACCCCACCGCCCCACUCGCUCCUGCCCGCAGCGCCGUUCGCCCGGGAUCUCGUCGACGGAGCCGCCGGCUUGGAAGAUGCGGGCAAGGCCCUCUGGCGGGGCGUCGAGGCGGCGGCCGCCGCUGCAGAGGCUGCGGCGGCGGCGGCGGCGAAGUCGUCGAAGAGGCUCACUGCGCGGCCCGCCAAUCCGCUGCCCAUGCUCGCUUACGACGCUGGCGAGAGCGCGGCCGCGGCCGGCGUGGCGGCUGCAGCCGGCGCGGCGUUGUCAGCCGAGGAGGCGAUCUCGAUCGAUGCGCAGCUCGCUCAGAUCGAGGCCAAAGCGAUGGCUCUUCUCGGCCACAGGGAGGAGCUAGCCGAGGCAAAGCACGCCGCCUCCGAAGCGGAGGCGCGGCGUGCAGCAGCGGAGGCGGCCGGCGAGGCGCGGGAGGUGUCGCUGCAGGCAGCGGUGGCGCAGGCGGCGGAAGUGGAGGAGCGUGCGAUGCGUGUGUUGCGCGAGCAGGAGUCGCUUCGUGCGAGCGCGGCGGCGGCGGAGGCGUCGCGUGUGGCGGCGGAGUCGGAGUCGGCGCGGCUGCGCGAGGCGCUUGCGGCGGCGUCGGCGCAGGUGGAGGCGGCGGAGGCGGGUGCCGAGUCUGCGCGUGCGGAGGCGGAGGCGCAGUCGGGCUGGCUGCAGAGCGCGCUCGAGGCGGAGGCUGCGCGGGCCGCGUCGGAGGCGGAGGCUGCGCUGUCGGCGCGGGAGGCGGGGUCGCGUCUGGCGGCGGCGGAGGCUGCUGCGGCGGAGCUGCGCGAGUCGCUUGCGGCGGCGGAGGGCCGGCUGUCGGCGGCGGAGGAGGCGGUGGCUGAAGUUGAGGCUCUACGCGAGCUGCUCAAGGCGCACGAAGCCGGCAAGGCGGAGGCAGAGGCGGCACUCGCUGCAGCAGCGCAAGGCACGGCCCUGCUUGAGGCAGAGUCCUCCGCUCGGGCGAUGCGUUUGCAGCAGCUCACGCUUGCUGAAGCCGCGCUCUCAGAAAGCGCGCAGGCGGCACACGCGGCGCGCGACGCGGCACACGCUGAGCUCCAGUUGGCCAAUGAAGCAGCCAUGGCGAACAAGGCCGAGCUCAAGGCGCGGCUGCAAGCGAUCCGCGAGGCGGCCGAGGUGAACGAGGCCGAGCUCCGCUUGGCGGCCGACGAAGCGGCGAGCCAUUGCCGGGCGCUGCAGGUCGACCUCGAGGUGGAGCGUGAGGCGCGGCAUGCAGCGGCCGCUGCAGCAGAGCAGGCGUGCGCAGAGGUCGAGCGGCUGCAGACGGAUCUGCAGGCAGAGCGGGUUGCGCGGUGUGCGGCUGACAGCGAGGUGGAGAGGGCAUGUGCAGAGGUGGAGCGGUUGCAGGACGAUCUCGAGGUGGCGGCUCGCCAAGCAGAGGUGGAGGUGCUGGAGGCCGUGGCCGAGGCGCGGCGAUUGGCCGAGGGAGGGGAGGCUCAGUCGCCAUCGGCGGAGCUCACGCCGCACAAGUUCAAUCGCAAGGCGCGGCUCUUGCGCGCGCGAUCUGGAUCAGACGCCAACAGUGCCACGCGGGCGGCCGAGCUGGCAGGCGCGUUGGACGCGCCCAGGCGACGCCGGCGGCAUUGGCAAACGGAGAGCGACGCCGAGGCUGAGCGCGCACUGCACGUGGAAGUGGAGGCGUUGCGCGCGGAGGCGUUCACGUCCAGGCAAGCAACACUGGAGGCGGAGACGGAGCGCUCAGUUGCGGAAGCCGAGGUGUCACGGCAGCAGGAGCGCGCAAAGGAUCAGGCGAGGCAGGCCGAGAUGGCCGAGGCAGAGCUGCGCAAGCAACUGUCGGCGGCGGAGGAGGCGGAGCGCGCCGCGCGUGCGGAGGCCCUCUCGUUUCGCGAGGCGGCGGCCGCCGAGGCUCUGCAGCUGCGGGCCGAGGUGGAUGCGGCGAGGGCGCACCCGCCGACGCCGCUGCGCGAGGAGCUGACGGCGGUGCGGGCCCGGGCGACGGAGCUCGAGGCGGCCGCCACGGGCGCCGAGGCCGCGGCGGAGGAGCGGGUGGCGGCGUCGGAGGCGUCGCGUGCGGCGGCGGAGUCGGAGUCGGCGCGGCUGCGCGAGGCGCUUGCGGCGGCGUCGGCGCAGGUGGAGGCGGCGGAGGCGGGUGCCGAGUCUGCGCGUGCGGAGGCGGAGGCGCAGUCGGGCUGGCUGCAGAGCGCGCUCGAGGCGGAGGCUGCGCGGGCCGCGUCGGAGGCGGAGGCUUCGCUGUCGGCGCGGGAGGCGGGGUCGCGUCUGGCGGCGGCGGAGGCUGCUGCGGCGGAGCUGCGCGAGUCGCUUGCGGCGGCGGAGGGCCGGCUGGCGGCGGCGGAGGAGGCGGAGCGCGCCGCGCGUGCGGAGGCCCUCUCGUUUCGUGAGGCGGCGGCCGCCGAGGCUCUGCAGCUGCGGGCCGAGGUGGAUGCGGCGAGGGCGCACCCGCCGACGCCGCUGCGCGAGGAGCUGACGGCGGUGCGGGCCCGGGCGACGGAGCUCGAGGCGGCCGCCACGGGCGCCGAGGCCGCGGCGGAGGAGCGGGUGGCGGCGGCGGAGGCGUCGCGUGCGGCGGCGGAGUCGGAGUCGGCGCGGCUGCGCGAGGCGCUUGCGGCGGCGUCGGCGCAGGUGGAGGCGGCGGAGGCGGGUGCCGAGUCUGCGCGUGCGGAGGCGGAGGCGCAGUCGGGCUGGCUGCAGAGCGCGCUCGAGGCGGAGGCUGCGCGGGCCGCGUCGGAGGCGGAGGCUUCGCUGUCGGCGCGGGAGGCGGGGUCGCGUCUGGCGGCGGCGGAGGCUGCUGCGGCGGAGCUGCGCGAGUCGCUUGCGGCGGUGGAGGGCCGGCUGUCGGCGGCGGAGGAGGCGGAGCGCGCCGCGCGUGCGGAGGCCCUCUCGUUUCGCGAGGCGGCGGCCGCCGAGGCUCUGCAGCUGCGGGCCGAGGUGGAUGCGGCGAGGGCGCACCCGCCGACGCCGCUGCGCGAGGAGCUGACGGCGGUGCGGGCGGAGGCGGCGGCGGCUGCGUCGGCCCUUUCCGCCGCGGAGGCGAUGAGCGCGCACUUGGUUCGCCUUGCCGAGUCAGCCGGCGAGGCGCGGGAGGUGUCGCUGCAGGCAGCGGUGGCGCAGGCGGCGGAAGUGGAGGAGCGUGCGAUGCGUGUGUUGCGCGAGCAGGAGUCGCUUCAGGCGAGCGCGGCGGCGGCGGAGGCGUCGCGUGUGGCGGCGGAGUCGGAGUCGGCGCGGCUGCGCGAGGCGCUUGCGGCGGCGUCGGCGCAGGUGGAGGCGGCGGAGGCGGGUGCCGAGUCUGCGCGUGCGGAGGCGGAGGCGCAGUCGGGCUGGCUGCAGAGCGCGCUCGAGGCGGAGGCUGCGCGGGCCGCGUCGGAGGCGGAGGCUUCGCUGUCGGCGCGGGAGGCGGGGUCGCGUCUGGCGGCGGCGGAGGCUGCUGCGGCGGAGCUGCGCGAGUCGCUUGCGGCGGCGGAGGGCCGGCUGGCGGCGGCGGAGGAGGCGGAGCGCGCCGCGCGUGCGGAGGCCCUCUCGCUUCGUGAGGCGGCUGCCGCCGAGGCUCUGCAGCUGCGGGCCGAGGAUGCGGCUGCCAGCGCGCUGGCCUUCGACACGAGCCUCGACCGUGCGUUGACGGCAACGGCUGCGGAGGCGUUGCGAGCCGAGGCAGCCGAGGCGGCCAGACAGCGGCUGGCGCGGGGUCAUUCUGUGGCGAUGGAACGGGCCGACGAGGAAGCCCGGGCGUUGCGGCUUGAGGCGGAUUGGGCGGCCGCCGAGCAGCAGGCGCUGAAGCGGGCGGUGUCCGAGACUGAGGGGCAGCUGGCCGCUGCUGAGGCUCGUGCUGCUGCGGCUGAGGCGGCCGCGGCGGAUUGGGACAGCCAGGCUAGCGUGUUUGCCAGCCGUGAGGCACACCUGACCGGCUUGCUGGAAGCCGCUGAGAGGAGGCGUAUCGCGGCAGAGGCCGACGCCGCGGAAUGCCGCUCUGCCUUGGAAGGCGCCACGGAGGAGCGCACGCGGUCGGUCGUUUCGGCACAACUUCUGGCAAUGUCGGAAGCCGGCCUCCGCUCGUCCCUCGCGGCAGCGGAGGCUUCGUGGUCAGCAGCAGCAGCUGAGGUGGAGUCGCUGGGCGCGUCCCUACGGCAGGAGGCCGCGCGCGCCGCCGAGUUGGAGGCCGCUCGCGUCUCUCUGAUGGGCGAAGUGGCUCAAGCGCAGCAGGCGCUGACUUCUGCCACCGAGCAGCAUGCUCGCGAGAUGGAGGCGGCCCUCGCCGCGGCCGCGGCACGCGAGCGCCAUGCAUUGGUCGAGGCGAGGGCCGUGGCGGCGGAGGGCCGUGCGGAUGCGGCGGCCGCCGCCGCUGCCGCGGCGGCUGGAGGCAGCAGCGAGAUUGUGGCGGCGCUUCAAGCGGCCCACAAGCAGUCGCUCGAGGCGACGUCUGCCGCCCAUGUCUCCGAGCGCGCCGCAGCGGUGGCCGAGGCGAUUUUGGCUCAUGAUCGGGAGCGGCAGGAGGCAGCGGCGGCGGCGGCAGUCCAGGCUGAGCGGGCGGCGGCGAUGACGGAAGCGGCGGCGGCAGCGCUAAAGGAGAAGGAGACUGCGGUUUCGCAGAUGCGGGCAGAGGUGGACAAGCUGCGCGGGACGCUCUCUUCGACCAUCCAGGAGGCGCAGCGCGCGUCCGACGCAGCCGACGCGAGGCACGCCACGGAGGUUGCUGCGGUGCGCGCUGAGGAGAGGAACACGGCCGUGGAGGAGCGGCGGGCAGCUCUCGCCGAGGCGGAAGUGGCGCACGGGGACGCCCUUGCGCGUGUGGAGCGGGAGCGCUCCGCGGCGGCGGCGGUUGCGGCGAGCGAGCAGUUUGCGCUCGAGCGCGAACGGCACCAAGCGGCUUUGGAGUCCCAGGCGGCGGCGGCCCUUGCAGCCAAGGAGACAGCGCUGACGGAGGCGCUCGCACACGCAGCGGAGGGGAGCCGGGUGGCAGUUGCCGCAGCGAUUGCGGAGAGGGACGCAGCCUUGGCUGCGACGGCAGAGCGCGCUGAUGCGGCGUCGCUGGUCGCAGCAGAGCUCGAGGCCACGCGUUCAGAAAGGGACGACGCUGUUGCAGUCGCCAAGGAGGCGACCGAUGCGCUCUUAGCUGCGACGGAGGGAGCGCGAGUCGAGUCGGACGCCGGGCCGACGGAUAUGGCCGCCGUUGUGCAGCAGCGCGCUCUGCUCAGCGAGCUGUCUCUUGCCGAAGAGCGGGAAGAGGCGGCGGCGGCCAUGGCGGCGGCGGCGGUCGCUUCUGCGUGGGAAGAGGGUCGAUCUGCCGGCAAGGAGGAGGCAGCCGCAUCGACAGCGCAGGCCCUCGAGGAGGAGCGGGCGAUGGCGCAUCUGGUCAGGCUCGAGGCGGCGGGAGCCUUUGCGGAUGAUCGGCGUCGGGCAGUGCUGGAGGCAGUCGGUCAAACCGAAGGUCGGCUAGGAGCGGCUCUGGAGGAGGCUGGCAGCCUCCGCACGCGGCUGGCUGCGGCGGAGGAGGCGGAGCGCGCCGCGCGUGCGGAGGCCCUCUCGCUUCGUGAGGCGGCGGCCGCCGAGGCUCUGCAGCUGCGGGCCGAGGUGGAUGCGGCGAGGGCGCACCCGCCGACGCCGCUGCGCGAGGAGCUGACGGCGGUGCGGGCGGAGGCGGCGGCGGCUGCGUCGGCCCUUUCCGCCGCGGAGGCGAUGAGCGCGCACUUGGUUCGCCUUGCCGAGUCCGCCGGCGAGGCGCGGGAGGUGUCGCUGCAGGCAGCGGUGGCGCAGGCGGCGGCAGUGGAGGAGCGUGCGAUGCGUGUGUUGCGCGAGCAGGAGUCGCUUCAGGCGAGCGCGGCGGCGGCGGAGGCGUCGCGUGCGGCGGUGGAGUCGGAGUCGGCGCGGCUGCGCGAGGCGCUUGCGGCGGCGUCGGCGCAGGUGGAGGCGGCGGAGGCGGGUGCCGAGUCUGCGCGUGCGGAGGCGGAGGCGCAGUCGGGCUGGCUGCAGAGCGCGCUCGAGGCGGAGGCUGCGCGGGCCGCGUCGGAGGCGGAGGCUUCGCUGUCGGCGCGGGAGGCGAGGUCGCGUCUGGCGGCGGCGGAGGCUGCUGCGGCGGAGCUGCGCGAGUCGCUUGCGGCGGCGGAGGGCCGGCUGUCGGCGGCGGAGGAGGCGGAGCGCGCCGCGCGUGCGGAGGCCCUCUCGCUUCGCGAGGCGGCGGCCGCCGAGGCUCUGCAGCUGCGGGCCGAGGUGGAUGCGGCGAGGGCGCACCCGCCGACGCCGCUGCGCGAGGAGCUGACGGCGGUGCGGGCCCGGGCGACGGAGCUCGAGGCGGCCGCCACGGGCGCCGAGGCCGCGGCGGAGGAGCGGGUGGCGGCGUCGGAGGCGUCGCGUGCGGCGGCGGAGUCGGAGUCGGCGCGGCUGCGCGAGGCGCUUGCGGCGGCGUCGGCGCAGGUGGAGGCGGCGGAGGCGGGUGCCGAGUCUGCGCGUGCGGAGGCGGAGGCGCAGUCGGGCUGGCUGCAGAGCGCGCUCGAGGCGGAGGCUGCGCGGGCCGCGUCGGAGGCGGAGGCUUCGCUGUCGGCGCGGGAGGCGGGGUCGCGUCUGGCGGCGGCGGAGGCUGCUGCGGCGGAGCUGCGCGAGUCGCUUGCGGCGGCGGAGGGCCGGCUGGCGGCGGCGGAGGAGGCGGAGCGCGCCGCGCGUGCGGAGGCCCUCUCGCUUCGCGAGGCGGCGGCCGCCGAGGCUCUGCAGCUGCGGGCCGAGGUGGAUGCGGCGAGGGCGCACCCGCCGACGCCGCUGCGCGAGGAGCUGACGGCGGUGCGGGCCCGGGCGACGGAGCUCGAGGCGGCCGCCACGGGCGCCGAGGCCGCGGCGGAGGAGCGGGUGGCGGCGGCGGAGGCGUCGCGUGCGGCGGCGGAGUCGGAGUCGGCGCGGCUGCGCGAGGCGCUUGCGGCGGCGUCGGCGCAGGUGGAGGCGGCGGAGGCGGGUGCCGAGUCUGCGCGUGCGGAGGCGGAGGCGCAGUCGGGCUGGCUGCAGAGCGCGCUCGAGGCGGAGGCUGCGCGGGCCGCGUCGGAGGCGGAGGCUUCGCUGUCGGCGCGGGAGGCGAGGUCGCGUCUGGCGGCGGCGGAGGCUGCUGCGGCGGAGCUGCGCGAGUCGCUUGCGGCGGCGGAGGGCCAGCUGGCGGCGGCGGAGGAGGCGGAGCGCGCCGCGCGUGCGGAGGCCCUCUCGCUUCGCGAGGCGGCGGCCGCCGAGGCUCUGCAGCUGCGGGCCGAGGUGGAUGCGGCGAGGGCGCACCCGCCGACGCCGCUGCGCGAGGAGCUGACGGCGGUGCGGGCCCGGGCGACGGAGCUCGAGGCGGCCGCCACGGGCGCCGAGGCCGCGGCGGAGGAGCGGGUGGCGGCGGCGGAGGCGUCGCGUGCGGCGGCGGAGUCGGAGUCGGCGCGGCUGCGCGAGGCGCUUGCGGCGGCGUCGGCGCAGGUGGAGGCGGCGGAGGCGGGUGCCGAGUCUGCGCGUGCGGAGGCGGAGGCGCAGUCGGGCUGGCUGCAGAGCGCGCUCGAGGCGGAGGCUGCGCGGGCCGCGUCGGAGGCGGAGGCUUCGCUGUCGGCGCGGGAGGCGGGGUCGCGUCUGGCGGCGGCGGAGGCUGCUGCGGCGGAGCUGCGCGAGUCGCUUGCGGCGGCGGAGGGCCGGCUGGCGGCGGCGGAGGAGGAGGCCCAUCGUCUUCGCGGUGCGCUCGAGGACGCCACGAGACAGCUCGCAGCGGAGGAGGGUGCGGCGGCGGCGGCGACGGCGAUGGUCGAGGCCGAGUCGAUCGUGGCGGAGGCGGAGGCGGAGAGCUUGCUAGUGGCGCUGCGGGCGGAGGCGAGCGAGCUGGCUGUCGCGCGCGAAGAGGCGGAGGUCGGGCUGGCGCGCGAGCGCGAGCGUGCCGACAGCGCCAUGUGCAGGGCGGCGGAGGCGGACGCGGUUGCAGGUGCCGCCGAGGCACGAGCGUCGGCGGCCGAGGCUGUCGUGGCCGCCACAGAGACGGCGCUCGCUUCGGCAGAGGCGGCGGCGGCGGAGGCGUGUGCAGCGGAGGCAUCGGCGCGGGCAGCGGAGGUGGAUGCGUCUUGCGGCCGGGCCGCGGCUCUGGAGGAGGCUGGCAGCCUCCGCACGCGGCUGGCGGCGGCGGAGGAGGCGGAGCGCGCCGCGCGUGCGGAGGCCCUCUCGCUUCGCGAGGCGGCGGCCGCCGAGGCUCUGCAGCUGCGGGCCGAGGUGGAUGCGGCGAGGGCGCACCCGCCGACGCCGCUGCGCGAGGAGCUGACGGCGGUGCGGGCGGAGGCGGCGGCGGCUGCGUCGGCCCUUUCCGCCGCGGAGGCGAUGAGCGCGCAUUUGGUUCGCCUUGCCGAGUCCGCCGGCGAGGCGCGGGAGGUGUCGCUGCAGGCAGCGGUGGCGCAGGCGGCGGAAGUGGAGGAGCGUGCGAUGCGUGUGUUGCGCGAGCAGGAGUCGCUUCAGGCGAGCGCGGCGGCGGCGGAGGCGUCGCGUGCGGCGGCGGAGUCGGAGUCGGCGCGGCUGCGCGAGGCGCUUGCGGCAGCGGCGGCGCAGGUGGAGGCGGCGGAGGCGGGUGCCGAGUCUGCGCGUGCGGAGGCGGAGGCGCAGUCGGGCUGGCUGCAGAGCGCGCUCGAGGCGGAGGCUGCGCGGGCCGCGUCGGAGGCGGAGGCUUCGGCGCGGGAGGCGGGGUCGCGUCUGGCGGCGGCGGAGGCUGCUGCGGCGGAGCUGCGCGAGUCGCUUGCGGCGGCGGAGGGCCGGCUGGCGGCGGCGGAGGAGGCGGAGCGCGCCGCGCGUGCGGAGGCCCUCUCGUUUCGCGAGGCGGCGGCCGCCGAGGCUCUGCAGCUGCGGGCCGAGGUGGAUGCGGCGAGGGCGCACCCGCCGACGCCGCUGCGCGAGGAGCUGACGGCGGUGCGGGCCCGGGCGACGGAGCUCGAGGCGGCCGCCAAGGAAACCGAGGCCGAAAUGGCUGCUACGAGUCGCGAGGCGCGCCGGCAGAUCGAGGCGGUUGCCGCUCAAGGGCAGCGCCUUGUCGAUCUUGAGGAGGCUCUCUGCACCGCAGAGGGCAGGGUAGUAGCGGCCGAGGCGGCCGAGGUGGCCGCAGCCGACGCACAGGCAGCGGUCGAGGCGGCCGAGGCGGCUGCAGCCUCCUCAAUGGCCGAGGCUGAGUCUGAGCGAGAGGCUCGGCGGGGGGCGGAGCGGGCGGCGUUGGCCGCAGCAGCGGCGCUCGAGCAGUCGCGCGCUCAGGUCGACACUCUGCGGACGAGCCUUAGCGCGGACAUGCGAGCCGCCGCCGCGCUCGGCUCGUGGCAGCUCCUCGCGCAGGAGGCAGAGGCGCGGGAGGCGGAGGCCGCGGCGCUGAGUGAGCUGCAAGCUGCGCGGGAUCAGGCUGCGGAGGCUGCGCAGGCGGCGGGUGCGGCCGAGGCGGCGGCUGCCGAGGCGGCGGCUGUGGCCGAGGGCGUGCGCACCGAGGCGGAGGCCGCCCGCGCCAUGAGCGAGCUGGCGGUGGCCGCUGCGUGGGCGGAGGCCGAGUCGGCCAAAAUUCGUGUCGAGGCGGCGGCCGUGUCGCGGGACGCGGCCGCGGCGGAGGCGCGCGACGCGGCGGCCGCGAGUGACCUGGCGGCCAAGGCGGCGAAGGAGGCGGAGGCGCAGCGUGCCCACGCGGCCGCUGAGGCCGGGUUUGAGCUGCGGGUGCAUCGAGCCGAGGCGCAGGCGGAGGCGCAGGCGCAGGCGGAGGCGCAGGCAGUCGCCCUCGCGGCGCAGCGGCACGAGUUUGCUCUCGAUUUGGCCAGGCUCGAGGCGGAGCUGGUCGCCGUCGCGGCCGAGGCGCAAGCGCGCAGGCAGGGCGAGGAGCAGCUGGCGUUUGCGGUCGAGGUGCUGCGGAGCGAGCUCAGCUCCGAGUGCGAGGCUCGCGCCAGCGCAGAGGCCGCCGGCCAGGCAGCGUUGCGCGAGGCAGAGGCGCUGCACGGUCGGCUGGAGGCUGCUGCGCUCGAGGCGGCCGAGGCGGCGGCGGCGACCGACGCCGCCGUCGAUAGCUUCGAGGCCAAGGCGGUCGACGAUGCCGCGCCCGAGGCGGCCACGGAGGCGCUGUGGUCCGAACUCGAGUCCGAGACUGCCGCGCGCUGUGUGGCGGAGGCGGCGGCGGCGGCAGCGCGGGCCGAGGCGGCGGAGGCGGCGGAGGCGGUCAGGGUGGCGGCGGAGGCGGAGGCGGCGCUGUCGCAGGAGCUAGCGGAGGAGCGCGCUCGCGCCGCCGCGGCGGAGGAGCGGGCGGCCGCCGCGGCGGCCUCCACGGCCGCCGCGGCGGCCACUAGGCUGGCUGAGAUGGAGUCGCAGCUGGAGGGCGCCAUCGCGGAGGCAGCCUCCACGCGGGCGGACCUGUUCGUGGCCCAACAGCAGGCGGCGGCGGGCGGCGCGGCGGCGAGUGCGCAGCUCUCCUCCUACAUCGCCUCUCCGAGCGACGACGGCCGCGCGCCCUCUGUGUCGAGCGCGAGGGUUGGCCGCGGCGCCGGCGCUGCCGUCGGGGCCGCCGCCGACCGGCCGGCGAGGUGCGAGCCGGUGGCGUGCUCACCUUGCGUGUGGUCGGGCCUCGGCGUGCGCGUGGAGCGGGUGUCCACCGCACCGGCCGCCUCGCUCACGCCCGCCGCGUCGGGCAUCACGCCCCCGUUGGCCGAGCCGCUCAGCCGCACGCUCGAGGGGUCGCUCGGACCGCCGGCGGACAUGGACAUGUCUGGGAAGCUUCCGUGCCCGUCGCCGAGCCUGCGCGCCGCGGCGCAGCUGUCCGAGCAGCUGGUCGCGUCGCUGCAGGGCGCCGAGGCGUGGUCGCUCCUCCCCGAGCUCGAGCUCGCCCUCGACGAUGCACGCGCACAGUCGAGCGGUCGGCUGAGGCGCGUCGCUGAGCUCGCACGCCUCGAGGAGCGCUUCGCCGCCGCGACAACGGAUCGCGUCGCCGAGCUGGCAGAGUGCCGCGAGCGAGAGGCGAGCGCCGAGGAGCAGGCGGCCGCGUCGCGCGCCCGUGCGGCCGCGCUCGCCGCCGCGCUCGAGCAGGCGCGCGACCGCGCCGACGCGGCGGAGGCGGAGCUGGCGGCGGCCCGCGAGCAGGCGGAGGCGGCGCAUGGCGCGGCCGCGCUCCCCGCCGGGGCGGCGGGCUCGUCGGCUGGCGGCGCGUCCUCGAGCGGGGAGCCGCCGGCGGGGGCGGGGGCGGGGCCGGCGCUGGAAGCCGCGGCCGGGGCAGUGCGGGUGGCGGCUGGCGAGCCCGGCGGGGGCUUGCCCGCGGUUGCGCCGCCGCCGGCCGUCUGCACGGAGGAGCCGCUGGACGCGCUGCCCGCGCGCGAGGAGGCUCCGUGGCGGAGCCAUCCCGACGCCGCGUCCCCACGGCCGGCGCUGUCGCCGCGGUCCCACAACGCCGCCGGCGACGCGCUGGUCAAGCGCCGCUCCAUCGCGGGGACCUUUGACUCGGUCGCGGGGCCCCGGGACGGCGCGGGGCAUGCGGACGGGUCGGGGGCGCCGGUCUUUGGCGCGGCGCCGUUUGGUGUACACGCGGACGGCUCGCCUCGCAGCGAGGCAGAAUGA